GCACCCCUGAACACAUCAAAGAAAAAAUGGCUUUCAAGUUGGCGGUCUUCUCGUGCCUUCUCGCUGUGGCCUACGGCAGCGUUGCACCUGCAGCUAUUGCCGCAGCACCAGUCGCCUAUGCUGCUCCAGCCGUGGCCGCAAGACUUGAAGAAUUCGAUCCUUUACCACAAUACCGAUUUGGCUAUAAUGUGGCCGAUUCACUCACCGGAGAUUACAAGAGCCAGGAGGAACAGCGUAAUGGAGAUAUAGUGCAGGGUUCUUAUUCCCUCGUUGACCCUGACGGCACUCGUCGCGUUGUGGAUUAUGCGGCAGAUCCCAUUAAUGGCUUUAACGCUGUGGUGCGAAAAGAACCAUUAGUGGCUGCUGCUCCAGCUGUUAUUGCUGAACCAGCUGUGGUGCCAGCAAGGAUCUCCGCCGCCCCCGUCGCGGCUGCAGUGGCCCAACCCGCUAUCUUAUCAGCGCGCUAUGCGGUUGGAAGCCCAGUCGUUGCACCUGCAAAAUUAGCCGCUGCUCCUGUAUAUGCAAGAUAUGCCAAUGCCCCUGUUGCCGCCGCUGCCCUUGCCGCUGCACCUGCGCCAGUCUUUGCCCGCUAUGCGUCAGCUCCCUUGGUGUCCGCUCGAUAUGCGGCCGCUCCUGUCGUAGCCGCGCGCUACGCCGCCCCUGUAGCGGCUGCGUAUAGAUCUCCUAUUGCGGCGUAUACAGCGCCUGUUGCUGCUGCUGCAUACACUACAUACGCAGCUCCAGCUCCGAUAGCAUCAUCAUAUACCGCUCCUGUCGCUUACAAUUCACCAGUUGCUGCAGCCUACACGGCACCCGUAGCUGCGGCGUAUUCCGCGCCUGUUGCUGCAGCCUACACGGCACCCGUUGCUGCGGCCUACACGGCACCGAUUGCAGCGGCCUAUACUGCGCCUGUGGCUACUGCUUAUGCUGCUCCGGCACGAGUAGCUGCAGCUCCAGCAGCCGUCCCUGCGGUACGAGCUGCGCCUGCCAAGAUAGUAGAAACAGUCGCCGCUGGUUACCGAUACCCUUAA